AUGGCGGCGCUCGUCCGCCUCGCUCUGCUGCUGGCCUUGGUGCUCUCGUCCGCGCCGACGCUCGCAGCCAACUCGUACCCGAUCAUCCUGGUCAACGGCUUCUCGGGCUGGGGCCGCGACGAACUUCUCGGUUUCCGGUACUGGGGCGGCAUCCAGGGCGACUUCCAGAACGAGCUCACGGCCCAGGGCUACACGGUCUACACGGCUGCGGUGGGGCCGUUCUCCAGCAACUGGGACCGCGCGUGCGAGCUCUACGCCAUCAUCAAGGGAGGGCAAGUGGACUACGGCCAGAAGCACUCGGCCACGCACAACCACCUGCGCUACGGCCGCAACUACACGGGCCUCUACCCCAAGUGGGGCACCGCCAACUCGGACGGCUCCAUCAACAAAGUGCACCUCGUGGGCCACAGUAUGGGCGGCCAGACCAUCCGAAUGCUGGCUCAGUUGCUGGAGCACGGUACUACGGGCGCCCCGAUCGAGGAGGACCCGGCGUCCCACCCGCUCUUCAAGGGCGGCAAGAGCUGGGUGCACUCCAUCACGACCAUCUCGACCCCCAACCAGGGCACGACGCUGGGCGACGGCUUCUCCACCAUCGGGGACUCGGUCAAGGACCUGCUGGCCGGCGUCUUGAGCGUCGUGGGCAUCCUCGGGGACAGCGCCAAGAUGGUGUACGACGCCAAGCUGGACCAGUGGGGGAUCACCACCAAACAGUCCGGCGAGACCGUGCAGAAGUACAUCGACCGCGUGUUCUCAAGCAGCAUCUUCAAGCCUGGAUUCAAGGACGUGUGUCUCUGGAGCUUGUCCACUGCGGGCGCCAAGGAGGAGGCCUCGUGGGUCAAGACGCUGAGCGACGUCUACUACUACAGCUACGCCACGAUUGACACGUACGACACGAGGGACUUACUGCUGCGGAAGAUCUCGCUGCCCAACCUGCUCACGAUGCUGCUUCCUCUGGACCCCCUUGCCGUGUUUCUUGGAGGGAGGUACGCCCCAGACACGAUGAAGCUGUCGACGGACUGGCAGCCCAAUGACGGCGUUGUGAACACGGUCUCGAUGGGCUCUGAUGGAGUGGGGGCGGCUGUUACCUUCGCUGGUUCGUCGCAGAUCGGCAAGUGGAACAAGAUGCCGCAGCUCAACCGACUGGACCACCUCGCGGUGAUUGGCAUCACGCUGCACACGCAGGUGCUGGAUCUGUACGAGGGCCACGCAGCGCUGUUGGCGGCGCUGCCGACGAGCUCGAGCUCCCGUCGACUGGCGGACUCGACCGCUGCCGUGGCGAAGCUGGAUACGGCCAUUGUGGAGCUGACGGCGGCCACGACGAGCGUGGAGACCAAGAGCGACCUGGAGUCGCUGUGCCAGAGCCCCAAGAACGCCUACGCCGAGAGCUACUGCUCUAAGAUGCUCGAGUCCGCUUCGACGCGGCGUUUGAGGGGCUAGAGGAGAUUGGGUGAAUUGCUGUAAAUGGACGUAAGAGUUGAUGUUGUG